AUGUUAUCAAAUUCUCUAGCAGAGACGGAUCCUACUGAGAUGCCCCAGGAGAAGACACCCUGUGCUUCUUCUCCUUUUCAUUUCUUGAGAAGAAGCUGCAAGGAAAUAAAAAAAAGCUGCCCUACAGCACGUGAUGGCCUGUAUUUCCUCCGCACUGAAAAUGGUGUCAUCUACCAGACGUUCUGUGACAUGACCUCUGCGGGUGGAGGCUGGACGCUGGUGGCCAGUGUACAUGAGAACCACAUGCAAGGGAAAUGCACGUUGGGUGAUCGCUGGUCAAGUCAGGAGGGCAACAGAGCAGACUAUCCACAGGGGGACAACAACUGGGCCAAUUAUAACACCUUUGGGUCUGCAGAGGCGGCCACGAGCGAUGACUACAAGAACCCUGGAUACUAUGACAUCCAGGCACAGGACCUGGGCAUCUGGCAUGUGCCCAACAAUUUCCCACUGAAACUUUGGCGGAGCAAUUCCCUGCUGCGAUACCAUACUAACAGCGGCUUCUUCAGGCAUCUGGGGCAUAAUCUGUUUGGCCUCUAUCAGAAAUAUCCAGUGAAAUAUGGAGCAGGGAAGUGUUGGACUGAUAAUGGCCCGGCGAUACCAGUGGCCUAUGACUUUGGUGAUGCUACGAAAACAGCAAAUUAUUACUCACCAAGUGGUCGAAGUGAAUUUGUUGCAGGAUUUGUACAGUUCAGGGUGUUUAAUAAUGAGAAGGCAGCUAAUGCUUUGUGUGCUGGAAUAAGAGUCACUGGCUGCAAUACUGAACAUCACUGUAUAGGAGGAGGAGGAUUUUUCCCAGAGGGAAAUCCCCGGCAGUGCGGAGAUUUCUCUUCCUUUGACUGGAAUGGAUAUGGAACUCACAGCCACUACAGCAGCAGCAAGGAGAUAACGGAGGCAGCCGUUCUCCUGUUCUACCGAUGA